CAGACAGAGGGAGCAGCAGCAGCAGUUGCUGCUGCUACAACGGAGAAGAAUCAGCGGGGUGGUGGUGGCGAGGAGCGUGGCGAGCGCGCUGCUGGUGACGCUGCGGAGUGAUGGAGCUUCCGCCCACGAUGGAGAAUAGCUGCCCGUGAUGGAGCCUGCACUCAACCGAGACCCGCAGCAGCCGCUCGCAGGCAGAGCCGUGCCGUAGCAAGCCCCGGCACCGCGACAACGACAGCUCGCGUCCGCCCGGACGCGGACAUGUAGCGCCGAGAGACGCGCGGCAGCUCAAGCGAACGACGGGUAACUCGCCGAACGCAAUGCGGUGGCAGCGCGUUGACGGGGCAGCGGACGGUGCGCCCGGCUCGCGCCUCGAACCACCUCACCGCCGCCGCCACGCCCGCCCGUCAGCCAACCUCCCGCCCCUUCCCGCGUGGAAUUUGUCGCUCGUUCCGACGCGGCGUGCCGCCGAUUAGGAGUCGGCAGGCCCCGCGCGCGAACCAUGGACUCGUCGCCGCCGCCGCCACCGUCGCCCGGCCUCAACGUCACCGAGUGCACCGCGGACGCGCACUUCAAGAACACGUUCUACGCCGUCGCCUACGGCCUGGUGUUCGUGGUGGGGCUCUGCGUGAACGGCGUCUCCUGCUGGGUGUUCUGCCGCCACAUCAAGUGCCACUCGGAGACCACCAUCUACAUGUCCAACCUCGUGGUGUCGGACCUGCUUUUCGUGGGCUCGCUGCCGCUGCGCGUGCUGUACUACGCGCGCGGCGGCCUGUGGCCGUUCGGCGAGCUCGCGUGCAAGCUGAGCAAGGCGGUCUUCCUCGUCAACAUGUACGGCAGCGUCCUCUUCCUCACGUGCAUAUGCGCCGACCGCUUCCUCGCCAUCGUGCACCCGCUGCGCUCGCGCCCCCUGCGCACGCCGCGCAUCGCCCGCCUCGUCAGCGCCGCCGUGUGGCUCUUCGUGGCGCUGUGCGGGGCGCCGGUGUUCGCCCUGCGCGCGGCCAACGUGCCGCCGCCGCCGUCGGACGACGACGCUGCCGACGACGCCGCCGCCGCCGCCACCACGUGCUUCGAGAACUUCUCGCAGGAGGACUGGUCGAGGAUCGGAGCGGUGGUCGUGUUCGUGGAGCUCGUCGGGUUCGUGAUCCCGCUCUGCGUCAUGGUGUACUGCUCCUGCCAGAUCCUGCUGACCAUUCGGAAGACAUCGAUGCUGACGCAGAGCUCCCUGAACAAGGACAAGAUUCAGAAGAUGAUCGGCGCCACGCUGGCCAUCUUCGUCACGAGCUUCCUGCCGCACCACGUGACGCUCAUGCUGUACACGAUGGUGCGCACGGAGACGGUGGGUGGCUGUGCGGCGCUGCGCACCCUGCGCACCAUCUACCCCGUCACGCUGUCGCUCGCUAGCGCCAACUGCUGCCUGGACCCCGUCAUUUACUACUUCACCACGGAGACGUUCAGGCAGACGCUGAGCGGCAGACAGACGCUGUUCCGCAAGCUCACGGAGCGCCGCUCCGUGGGCUUCUUCGAGGAGAACGGAGAGGCCGAGACCGGCGUGUGAACGCGCGGGAGGAGCGAGAGGGCUGCGUUGCGUUCGUGACGAAAACCCCCGUGGGACGGUCAAGAAACCGACUCGCGGCUUGUUGGCUCGUUGGGACAAGCGCGUGUGGGACAAGCGCGAGGGCUGCAACAAACCCCAGAAUGUGAAGGAUUUGACUGUUCACAGAGGCCUGAGACACUGGAGCGUGGUGUUGCCCGAGAGAGCCGAGACUCUGGUGUGUGUGUGUGCACGCACCGCAAACCCGGCGACCCGAGUUCGAUUCCCGCUCACGGCCAACACAAGUGACGAUUAUCUGAAUGGGUCCUGGGUUUCCCUCUAGGUCGACUCGGCCUCAAAUCAGUACCUGGUGUGGUGUGUCAACAUUCGCCAUUCAGGAGAUAAAGGUGGCCGGGCAUGGUGUUGGCCACCCACCUCCUCUUGUUUCCAUGCCAGCCUUCAUAGGUGCUCGCUAACAGCACUUGGCCAAAGUCUGUUAAGGCUAUAUGGGGGAUCUUUGUCUUUGGAGUCGAGCACAUGGUCGGACCGAGGAUGUUGAGUGUGAUGGAUGGAACCUUUUAGGGGGGUGGGGGGGGGUCACAAGUCUGGUUGCGUGACGGAAUGAUGGAUUGACCACGCAAGGCUAAGCUAAAGAAUGAUGAAAUAAACACACGGGCUAAGCGAAAGGCCAUUAUCCACUCUGGCAAUGUCAGGGCAAUCAUCACAGGCAAAGGCGCUUUGCCGGAAUGAAGUGACAUUUAUCUAGCCAAUCAGAGCAAGCCUUGAUGAAAAUUGUGUAUGCUGAACAAUGGUUGAUCUACAGACUGUAAAUUAACUUGUUUAUUCGGGAUGAGGCAGGCCUGGUAGUUGUCACAGGUCCGAUCACAGUCAUUCCUUUAUGCAGCCCAUUAUUUCAAUACAAUACAUUACUUAUCCGAAGGCUUUCUCUUCCAUCCGUCCAGAUUCCCACUCUUGCUGAAUUUGGAAGCCGCCAUUUAUUUCAGGCGCAGAAAACGUCACCUGACCUCCGUCUUUGAUCUGAUUGGACGUUGUUGCCGCCCCAGGUCGCCCACUAGGAGGGCAACUUGCAUCAGAAUUGUCGUUCAGAUUUUUGGGCAAUGAGAUUUUGACACAGCUGGGGAAUGCUGUGGCAACUAUUGCCUGUGACGAUUGCCCUGAUGGAUGAAGGCCUUGGGGAGUGCAAGUUGUAACAAAGUGCCUCGAGCCCAAUGUGAAACUUGGGCCAUGGUUGGGAUCACAGGGAUGAGCCUCAAGUGCCCCUCUGUGGUCAAACAGGGUGCUGACGUGUAAUAUGCUGUACGGCCUCAGUGCAGUCACCGGUGACUACUACGACUACUACUACUAAUGAGGAAAAGUCCCAUCGUGAAAAGUGGCUUUUGCACUUUAGUGAAGCUUACCGCUCGGUAGAUCGGUGCCAAGCAAAGUCGCUGCCUCACAAGCUGCUGGCUGUCAACAUUCACAGCACAAUCGCAGAGUGGCAGCGGUGCAGUCGGGUUACCGAAGGAUGCCUGGAAAAGGCCCAAUAUCUCCCGAGCGUCACCCCGAUGCGGCGGUUGAGUGGUCCGCCUGCCCAUAGGGAGUUCUGUAAUGGGACGUCCUCGGGUUUCAACUGAGACGUAGAAUGCAGCAAAGGGAUGACGUUCAGUAACUUCGGCGUAUCUGAUCCGACGCUUGUGACGUUUGCGCGAAUGUUGAUGCAGGAGGGCGGAGGGAGAGGGACCAACUGCAGAGAGGUAAAUGAGUGUGUGACGAGGGGCGACGCACAGAGUCCCCCCCCCCCCACUUGCCGAGAGCUGUGAGGUGGGCGGUUGUGGGCUCUGGUGAGGGGAGAAAGGCGUUGGGGAGGGGUGGUGCCAGUGGUGGUAGUGCCGGUGGUGGUGGAGCUGCCGGUGUUACGGCUGUGACCUCGAUCUCGAUCUCGAACGCGAGAACUGCUGCUGCUGCCGCCUUUCUCUUGCGAGUAUUUUUGAGCCCGAAUACAAAUAAGAUUAAAUCUGUCUUUGUUUUAUGUCAUUAUUAAAGUGCCUUUCACACAAUCGCCAGCACUGCUGACGAUAUCACCUCAUUUCACUUUGGCCAAAUAACGCAAUGAA